AAAAAUUAGAAUUCUCACAUUGAGAGUCCGACGAUAAUUAAGCGCCCUCGCGCUAUGUCGCCAAAACUUAGCGAGGAAGGACGCGGCUCUGAAUACGAACCUCCACACAUUUAUAAGCACUACUAAUCUGACUCUUACCCUCAUGUUGCCUAAAGCGCCUCUGUGAGGCUUUACCCAAAGAUCUCCAUCUUAACCCCCACAUAGCUAGGAUUCAAUCUUCCUUAUCAAAUGGAUCAAAUAGAAACACCCCAUCUCCGGCUCACGCGACUCACAGAGGAUAACCUAGACGACUUCCACGCCAUCUGGUCACUUCCAGAGGCCACCCGAUGGAGCUCACGCGGAUGCCGCAAGACAAUCGAAGAGAGCAGAGAGCAGAUGAAAGGUCUUCUAGUCCCCGAUGGAGAAAACUUCGCCGUCUUCCUCCGCACCACCUCCACCACCCCCUCCCCCCCAACCACCCAAAUGAUCGGCAUCGUAGGCGUCUUCCGCCUCUCCCCCAUCGUCGAGCUAGGGUACACCUUCCACCCCUCCUUCUGGGGCCAAGGCUACGCUACCGAGUCUGUGGGCGCGUUCGUAAGGCGGUUUUGGGGAAUUGCGUCCUACGAUCCGCACGAUGACGGCGAUGACGGAUACGGAGACUUAUGAGAGCAUGAGAGUGUUGGUUAAGUGCGGGUUUAGGGAGGUGGGGAGAGGGGAGGGGGUUGUGUUGCCGACUUUUGGGGA